UGCUCAGUAGGCUGAAAUUUAAGCCUGAUCAUUUUAGAAAUGACGUUCAGAAGUAAUGCAUGGUCCCAGCACAGAAGCAGCUGCAGGGUUUUGUUACUGUCACUUGCAAAGGCUCACAGCUCUCAAGUCUACCCUGCUCAAACCAUGGGCUCCCAGGCCAGGAGACACCAUUCUGUCCUUAUGAAACCUUUAGCAUAACAACCUAACCUCCAGGACGGACUUCGUUCAGAUACAACACUGUUCUGGCAUUGAGGUAAGGUCCUGAGCCUACAAAUUGCUGAGUCUACUUCGGAGUCCCCCCUCUCAUAAUCAUUGGGAAACUCACGGAGUGUGGGAAGCAGGCCACAUGCACUGGACUGCAGUCUCCUUGAAAGCCAUUGAUUUGCGAGGAUCAAGAUGAAAGAGGAGGAAGCUCGGCAGCGGAGGAAGGAGGGCAGGACGAAAAAUGGAGAGCGAUUCAGGCACAAAGCAAAGAGCAAGGGUAAACACAAAGACAGCAGACUUGGCAGCCAGGAAGCAGAGGAGGUCCCUUUGGUCUCACAGCAGAAGCAGCCAGCCGAGGGGAAAGGGCUCAUGGCAAAGCGGCAGGACGAAUCGGCCAUUGCAAUUGGCCUGCAGGUGCUCCUGCCGUACCUGUUAGCAGGGCUUGGCAUGGUCUUGGCUGGGAUGGUUUUGGACUAUGUUCAGCACUGGGAUGUGUUUCGGACAAUUACAGAAGUUUUUAUCCUGGUUCCUGCCCUGGUUGGCUUGAAGGGUAACCUUGAAAUGACCCUGGCAUCCAGACUCUCUACGGCUGCUAACACUGGACAGAUGGAUGAUACCCAGGAACAGUGGAAAAUGGCCACCUGCAAUUUAGCCCUGAUUCAGGUACAGGCCACUGUAGUGGGGCUGCUGGCUGCCAUAGCUGCUGUCAUCCUGGGAGCGAUCUCAAAGGGGCACUUGGAGCUGAAUCAGGCCGCAGUGCUCUGUGCGAGCAGCGUGACAACAGCAUUCAUAGCUGCACUCUCCCUAGGUCUGGUGAUGAUCGGCGUGAUCAUUGGUGCGAGGAAGGUGGGGAUAAAUCCAGACAACGUCGCCACGCCCAUAGCAGCGAGCCUUGGAGAUUUGAUAACCCUUUCUCUGCUAGCAGGAAUCAGCAGCACCCUCUUUAAAUACAUAGAUGUGAAAUACCUUUCGCCUCUGAUCUGCGCUGUGUUUGUUAUCAUGAUUCCUCUUUGGGUUGCUAUUGCCAAGCAAAGUCCGUCUAUUGCUGAAGUCCUGAAGUCUGGAUGGCAGCCGGUAAUUGUUGCAAUGAGCAUCAGCAGCAUUGGUGGGCUGAUCUUGGACAAAACUGUAACUGACCCGAACUUCGAAGGCAUGGCGGUUUUUACACCCGUGAUUAAUGGUGUUGGUGGGAAUCUGGUAGCCAUCCAAGCCAGCCGCAUCUCCACAUUCCUGCACUUCUGGAGCACGCCUGGAGUCCUGCCCUACAAGAUGAGGCAGAACUGGCCCAAUCCAUGCACUACGUUCUUCACGUCAGGGGUGAAUUCCAAGUCAGCUCGCGUCCUGUUCCUGCUGGUUAUCCCCGGACACCUGGGGUUCCUGUACACCAUUCGCCUCCUGCAGGGUGGGCACACAGCCAUCACCUUCACUUUUGUGAUGUUUUAUCUGACUGCUGCUUUGCUGCAGGUGGGAAUCCUGCUCUACAUGGCUGAUCUAAUUGUGCGACUGGUGUGGAGGAAGGCCCUGGAUCCAGACAACUUCUCCAUCCCCUACCUCACUGCCCUGGGCGACCUCCUAGGCACGGGAUUCCUGGCACUUUGCUUCCGCUUGGUUUGGCUCGUCAAUGGGACUGAGAUGAAACUGGGAAACUAACAGGACAUCUGCUGCAGCAUUGGCCCAUUGCUGCUCCACCAAGCAAGUCUUUCAGUAUGGUGCUUUAACAUGGUCCAACAAGGUCGUUAGAGACUACGUCUCAGACUAAGUCUUUAAACUGAACGGGUCUGCUAUCCUUGCCCACCCCUAUUGACCACUGCAGUGCCUUACAGCUGUCGAAUUCAGAUCAAAAGAAGCAGAACCUGUCUGGACUUAUCCAGCUUUGAAAGCGACCUAGCCCUCUUAAAACCGUAUACUCUGUCCAUGUGUGCAUCUAGAAAACCAGGGGUUAAGGAACACAGGUCAUAUCUUGGGAAUUCUGCAUUUUGAUUGGCUUAAAAAUGUAUGACUGUAACCACGUGGUAAGUAGGAGACUAAUGCACACUCCAUUGAAGUCAAUGGGAGUCUUUCCAUUGUCUUCAGUUAGUCUUUGGAUCAGAUCCUAGAUGAGGAUGUUGCAAUGUCUCUGAUCAGCAGUUAGAGCCCAAGUAAUAUUUUCUUGCCCCCUCCCUCCCCACCACAUCCCUGGCGGGGGAGAAUCAAUAAGGACCUUAAAAUUCUCUCUCCAUAAUUUCUGUAUUCAGGGUCUCAAAGAGCAUGUUCCCCAUUGGAUUGCAACUCACUGAAAAAUCAUCCAGGGCAGGGCCUGCCUAAACAAACAUCUCUAACUGACACGGUGGAUUAUUCUUUGUUUGACAGUUUAAGGACCAUCUGUUCAGUAGUUUUUAUGGUUUAUCGAAACACACAAAUAAAAUUUAAACCAUUUCAUAGUUU